AUGAGUAAUUCUAAUUCCAGGUGUGAGGACGUCCUGAACCUGAUGCAGGAGCAGGAAAAGCAUGUGUACUCCUCCGGUGCCGGUGCUGUCGGCGAUUCAGAUUUUCUUUUCCGCGCAACAAAUGGAACUGAAGAGCCGGGAAGACCGAGCCACGAUCGAACUGAUCUAUCCUGUGCAAAAGCAAAAUUUUCGCACUCGUAGUACUUGUAGUACUAUCGCAGUCAUACGUGACAGAUGCACCGCCAAAGGUGAAUCAGCACUACGAGUUGCACUAUUUGUCCUCUCGUCGGCAAAGUUUGUAUUGCAGUCUACACUAGUGCGCUGUUUUUGCAAUGCACAUGAUCAUCGAAGUUGUGCUGGCAAUUCGAGCACCGGCAAUCAAAAAUAUUCAAAUCUUCAAGACAUUUUUGAUCCCAUGACACCUUCGUCCAGCUAUCCCGUUCUCUACUACCACGAAACCCUGGGCGACGUGAGACGCCGAGUCAACACGAGGCUCCCGCCUAUCGUCUCUGGCCCCACUUCUUCUGAUACGCAAGAGCGACAGGGUGAAAACAAGAACAACCUCGCUUGUCCCGUCGCCUCCUGCCUUCGUUUCGGCGACGUGGUCGGACUGUGGGGAAAGCACGGAAGCGGGAAGUCCAUAUUGGAAAAAAGAAAGGGCUACACAGUUACACACUGCGGUGGAACACAAGCACGAGAGUAGAGAACCUUUCUCAUGCGGGAAGUGCUAACCAAUUUCGUUCCCUGCACUUUUUGCCUGAUACUCGGCGCCUUACUACAAGCUGUCAUGCAGGGAAAGUUUGUGUUGCUGAAAUAGAAACUCACAUACAAUUGCGUCACUGUAGCGCUUUAACUUUUUUUCUUGGAUAGUCCAUGGUGGUUCAACAAUGGUUAGCCGCGUUGUACGGGAAAACAGCCUCCGGCUCCGAUUCCCCGCGCAGCUCAAAAAGAACCACAGACCAAUUACGCGGUAGGUGUACCACGUCCUCGGCCUCAUUCGAUCCCUCAUUUUCGCUAUGCAUUGCACAGGAAAUAUGUCCGGAUCUGGAAUACAACAGGAACUUCCGAUGCUUGUCUUGUGCAUGUUGCCUGCGUGACCAGCAAAAGCGGGUCUUUUUUCUCACGCAGAGACGCCGGCUGUAAGUAAUGCGUACUAUGUACUAGAAAGUUGAAGUUCGGGAAAAAAUAUUGUCAUGCUUGUUGGCAGCACUCGUCGGAAUUGGUUGAGUCAUCCCGGGUUCAGCAUCGCAAGUUUGUUCCGGACCCCAACAUUAUUGCGGUUGAUAAGCACGACAAAUCGGCAUCAUGAACCGCGUCGAAGUUCACGUGCUGGACACGGACAUCAAAUUUGACCUGAUUAUGGGAGUGUUAGGUUUGAAAUCGACCACAAAGUGGCAAUAAUUUGCGAAGAUGCAGAAACUCGAAACUUGUUGGACCGACAAUUUAUAAGCGGCGCAUGACAAAACUUUCCGGCAAAAUCUGAAGCAAAUCUGUCAUGCUGCUCCUGUUGGUUUAGGGCAAGAGAGCUCUCUCCUGUCACGCCCGUUCGCAGCACUACACUCACUCUGCCUCGCCUGCGUCCUCUGCAAUAGAGGCAGGCUCUACUGCGCCACAAGUAAGUUGUGCAUAGUGAAUACAAGCUCUACUUUCAUCAACUUGAACUUCGUCGAUUCCUCCAAAUGCGACACUCUCAUACUGACUACGUUCGCGCGGCACCUUGAAAAAUCAACUGCGACUUGUUCAAGAGGACGACACCACGUCCAGGAACACUACGGCCUGCAGCAUUUCUUUGUGCAUCGCAUUUUGCGGAGGCGGGAUUUCGAGUCCUCACUGGACUGGAUAAUGGACAAUUCGAGGAAAAUAUCACAGGGAAAAGUGUUAGUGUUAACGGAAUUUGUGAUGCAGUAAUGCAUCACAAAUUCUGUGAUAACCGUUAACGUUAACACUUUUUUGUUUGAUGGAAAACGUCGAGGAGGUCAUCGUCCGCAGCUAGCAGUACCAAGAUUGUCGUUGUAGAUUCCGUUGACGGCCUCCUGCACCUGGUGCCAGAAAAGACAGGCUCCUGCGCCGCAAUGGGAACUGCUGCGCAAGAGCAUGACGUGCCCACUGCUGGUAUCGGGUCCGGCCAGCUAAACUGGAGUGACCUAGAUACCAUGUUCGUGAAGCUGCGAAGAUGUUGUGAGCGGUCGCUACUGAUUUUCACUGCGAAGAGCAAUGGGUUUUUUGAAAAAACGCGAUAUCUGGACAAAUUUUUCGCCGCAAGGCAGGACUUUCAGAUAUCGGUGAAAUGAGCACGAAAGAAGCAAACGACGAAUUUUAUUCUUCUCAUGAUCUUGUAGUUUGAUUUCGACUCAAAAUUUGUUCUGCCGUGGAGCACAAAGCAAAAGGUCGC